CGCGCGCGGUGGGGGGAGGCAUCACGUGACCGCGCCGCUCACGUGACCGCGAGCGCGGACAGCAGUCAUGGCCGCCGUGCAGUGGCACGCACGAAACCGUGACUACGCGCGGGAGCGUGAGCGCGCAGGGCUGGAGGCGCUGCCCGUGGAGCCUGGCGAGUACCACCCGCUCAAGCCCAUCACGGUGACCGAGUCAAAGGGCAGAGCGGCAAAGGCUGGGGCACGCAAGGGCAGCACGUCUUCGCUGUCCACGUCGGCGUCCACUCCAUCGUCAGCGGCGCCCGCCGGGGCUGCUGUGCUGCUGGACCCGCUGAUGUCCGCCCUGGAGGGCAGCGACCCCCUCACACAGAUUGCCAUGGCGUCCGCUGAGCCUUUGGGGGCAGUGGGGGACCCCAACAGGGACGGGGAGCAGAGGAAGCGCGGUGCCAGCACGGGCUUGGGGAGCGACUUCCAGAGCUGGGCCCAGAAGCGGCCUGAGAUCCUGGCACGCUACACCACAGUCGAGAAGCUCUCCCUGAGGCUUUCCAUGGGAGCAGACAAGGAUUCAGGGAGGCAUGGUGCAGGAGCUGCUGUUCCCGAGAAGGUGAGGAGCCGCCUGGAGGAACUCGAUGACCUGGAGGAGGGGUCACAGAGGGAGAUGCUGAACCUGAGCACGCAGGAAUACGUGGGCCGCGUGGAGGAGCAGGGCCAGGCCCUUCGCGAGGCCUGGGCCACUGACCAGAAGGUCAAGGCCCUGAAGAUCGUCAUCCAGUGCUCCAAACUCCUCUCCGACACCAGCGUCAUCAGCUUCUACCCCAGCAAGUUCGUCCUCAUCACGGACAUCCUCGACACCUUCGGCCGCCUGGUGCACGACCGCAUUUGGGCCAUGUGCAACGAGGGUCGACCGCCAGGUGCCCCUGCCCUCUCUCCAGACUCCAUACGCCCGGAGUUGGUCCCGGACUCCGCACGUGAGACCUGCCUCAACUGGUUCUACAAGAUCGCCUCCAUCCGCGAGCUGGUGCCGCGGCUCUACGUGGAGGCGGCCAUACUGAGGUGCAGCCGCUUCGUCAAAGCGAGUGGUUUCGAGGAGGUGCUCCCACGGCUGGCGGCCAUGCUGCGCGGCGUGGGCGACCCUCUCGUCGCCAUGUUUGCACGCGCGUACAUUUGCCGGGUGGGCGUGGAGGGGGCGCCGCACCUACGUGAGCUGCUCACUUGCAACUUCUUCGACUUCCUGCUCACCUUCAAGCAGCUGCAAAGUAACAGCGUACAGAACCUCCUGGCCACGCAGGGCCUGGACAUGCCCAUGUACCUCACCCUGUACUCACCUGCUGUCGACUGGGUGCUGCAGUGCCUGGCCUACCGAGCGCCAGAGGCUGUGCUCGUGGAGAUGAUGGAGAGAUGCAGAAAAGUUGGAAACAGUGGGCUGCUGCUCAACUCCAUCAUGUCGGCGUUCCGAGCAGAGUUCAUCGCCGCUCGCACGACCGCCCUCAUCCCCAUGAUCAAGGAAUGUGACGAUUCUGGCUUCCCUAAGCAUCUUUUGUUCCGGUCGCUGGGGCGAAGCCUGGCGUCAGCCGACCCCCCCGAGUCGGACCGCCUGCACGUGCUCAACGAGGCGUGGAAAGUCAUCACGAAGCUGCGCAGCCCCCAGGAUUACAUCGGUUGCGCCGAGGCGUGGAUGGAAUACACCUGCCGUCACUUCACGCAACGCGAAGUAAACACCGUUUUGGCCGACAUUAUCAAGCACAUGACUCCUGACCGCGCGUUUGAGGAGGCUUACCCACAGUUGCAGUCCAUCGUGUCCAGGGUCUUGAAAUAUUUCCAGGACUUCUCCACGCUGUUCGCCAUGGACAAGUUUCUGCCAUUUCUGGACAUGUUCCAAAAGGAGCUUGUCAAGGUGGAGGUGUGCAAGAUGGUAACGGAGGCCUUUAUCAAGCAUCAGCGGGAGGAGACGCGGGACCCCGUGAUCGUGAAUGCCUUGAUGAGCGUGUGCAAGACCAUGCACGACUCUGUCAACGCGCUCUCCCUGGACGAUGAGAGGAGAGUCAUCUCGGCGUUCACUUGCGGCUUCAUCCGCAUGAUCUCAUUUGGCCGGGACUUUGAGCAGCAGCUGAGCUUCUACGUGGAGGCACGUGCCACCUUCACCAACCUGGAGCCAGUGCUCGUCGCGCUCAUGCAUAGUGUGAACCGCCUGGCCAUGGAGACGUGCCGUCUGGUGCGGGGAAACCACACGCGCAAAACGGCGGCGUUCGUGCGGGCAUGCGCCGCCUACUGCUUCAUCACGAUCCCGUCGCUAACCAGCGUGUUCGCGCAGCUCAUCCUCUACCUGCUGUCGGGACAGGUGGCGCUCGCCAAUCAGUGCCUCUCGCAAGCGGACGGGUUUUUCAAGGCGGCGAUCGCGCUGCUGGUGGAGGUGCCGCGCUCGGUGAUGGUGGACGGGAAGGCACGCCCCACGGAGCCCAUGCUGCUUGAGUUCCUCUCCUCCUUCCUGUCCACGCUGCUCGUCGUGCCCGAUCACCCCGAGCACAGCGUACUGUACCUGGUUCGGGGGCUGCUCAACGUGCUGCAGGACUACACCUGGGAGGAGGGCAGCGAUGGGCGCGCACGUGCCUACCUCUCUGUCAUGCACCUGCUGGCCGCCGCCAGCCAGGAGACAUACCUGUACUCCAUCAGCAAGGUGGAUUCGAAUGACAGCCUCUAUGGGAGCGACCCCAAGUUCCUGGGGGAGGUGGACCGGCUCUGCGAGACGAUCCUGGGGCAGGUGUUGGACCAGCUGAAACUGCUGGGCAAGCAGGAGCAAUACAAGCGGCAGAGCGUGCUCGCGCUGGCGCUGCUGGAUACGCUGCUGCUGCAGGCCGACCUGCGCAACAACAAGCUCAACCAGCUCGCCGUCAGCCUGUGGGGGCUGGCGCAGAAGCACGGCCAAGCUGACUCGCGUGCCCUGGCGCGGGUGCUGGAGCUGGUGCGGCGGCAGAGCGCGCGCCCCGAGUUGGCUCACUUUGCCGAGCUGGCGCUGCGGAUGUCCCCGCAGGGCCGGCCUUGAGGGGGAACUGCCCGGCGGGCCCAAACCCCACCCCCCCCCCCCCCCGAGGUCGUUGAUCGAGAUGCUUUUCUCACGACGCUGACGAGACGGAUCAUUCACACGUCCACGCGUGCGCACUUUUAAUUUUUGCCGCCACUCGCCAGAGGCUGCGCUCCGAACAUUUUCAUUUCCGAUCGCUGCAGCCCCCGCGGGGCGUUUUUGCGGAAAGGAGGGAAUUUAAGGCUGGAAGGUCCGUUCUGCGGAACUGGCCUUCGCAGCGAAGCGGUUGGUUUUCCCCCGCGGGUCGAGUCGUGGAGAGAUGGGAGCACAGCGCCCCGAGCCGUCCGUCCGUCCGUCCACUCUUUUGACAUCGUUUGCACGCAUAAAUCAAGCUCAGUGUACGAUUUUGAUUUAAUUAAAGCACAAGAGUAAUAACACCGGUGCACAUCCACGUGAAUAAAAACAUUUCUUCAUCGUUCCCUCAAGCGAGCAAGAACAUUGUGCCAUGAAAAUAAACGGUGGCUUUUUAUUCACAAACCAUCUUAUUAAUCGUCUUGAGUGGCUUCACUGUCAGGAUUAGAGCCAGGAUUAUAAGUCGGGCCUUAAUUAUAACCCUGUUUGGUGUCGAUGAGAGUUGUUGAGCUAUUAUUGCUAUAUCCAUAAUUGGUUUCAAAAUGUAUUUAUCGAUUACAAAGAAAUGCAAUUAGAUAAUCGAAUCAAGUGCUAUUUAGUAACAUGCACCGACUGGCACACGCUAAUGUUCAAACUGCACCCACAUACACGGCUAGUUUUUUUUUGUCACAUUCGAUCAUUACCAGCCGUGAUCAAUCCACUGUUGGAUAAAGGCCUUCCAAAGCCAUCUCUUACGUUGUAAAAAUUCACCUAUCACCUGCACAGGAGCCGACUUCAUCACUCCACCUCUGCAGUAGGCGUCCUCUUGGAUGCGUUUGCUCCCUUGACUGCCACUCCGUGGUCAUUCUCGACCAUUGGCCAUCAUCUCACCAGUGACGUCUCCUGCCAAACGCCACUCAUUAACAGUAUGCCUCUUCAAUGUGUUUAAUCCAUGUGUGUUCCUCGCCAUGCUUCUUUGCACACUAAUACGGUUUUUUCCACUUUAUUUGAUGUCUGUUUCUGAUCCAUGUGAUGGCAGCUAAUAUACAUUGAUUAAAAACCUAUGAUUUCGGCA